AUGCUGUCAGAGCUAGGAUUCCCUUUGAAGUUUGUGAAUUGGGUGAUGCAGUGCCUCUAUUCUGUUUCUUAUUCCAUUCUGAUAAAUGGUUGUCCCACUAAACCAAUUCCUGCAAAGAAAGGGUUGAGACAAGGUGAUCCCAUUUCACCUUAUUUGUUUGCUUUGGGUAUGGAAUAUAUGUCAAGGUGUCUUGCUGCUCUUGCUGAAGAUACUAACUUCUCUUAUCAUCCUAGAUGCAAAAAGUUGGAUCUCACCCAUAUGAUGUUUGCUGAUGAUUUGUUGAUGUUCUCCAGAGCUGAUGAGGGUGCUGUGAAAGCUCUUUUUGAUGCUUUUACCAAGUUUUCUUUGGCUUCUGGUUUGGAAGCUAAUUUGCACAAAAGUGAAGUUUAUUUGGCAGGUGUUUCUGAUCAUGUUGCUUCCAGUAUUGUUAGCUCAAUUGGGGUUCCUAAGGGUUCUUUCCCUUUCAGAUACUUGGGUGUCCCUCUUACAACUAGGAAGCUCUCCUUCACAGACUGCAAGCCUCUCAUUGAUAGAACUGUUGCUAGAAUCAAGAGCUGGACUUCUAAGUUCCUUUCUUAUGCAGGUAGGCUGCAACUGGUGAAAUCUGUACUUUUUGGUAUACAGCUCUACUGGUGUCAGAUUUUUGUUAUGCCUAAAAAGGUGAUGAAGGAGAUUCAGAGAAUUUGUAGAUGUUUCUUGUGGACUGGUGCUGAUGCAGAUUCUAGGAAAGCUUCUAUCUCUUGGGAGCAAUUGUGUUUCCCUAAGAGUUGUGGAGGGUGGAAUCUUAAAGAUCUAACUGUGUGGAAUAAAGCAGCAGUUUUGAAACACUGUUGGGCUUUAGCUUUGAAGCAGGAUAGGCUUUGGGUGAGGUGGAUUCAUGCUUAUUACAUUCAGCAUAGAGACUUCUGGACUAUGCCAAUUCCUAAUGGUUUAACUUGGUCAUUAAGGAAAAUUUGGCAUAAUAGAGAAGUAUUUCUGCAGGCAAAUGGAGUGGAUCAGUUUGUGCAAGCUGGUAAAUUCAGAAUUCAGAAAAUGUACAAGUUUCUUCAUCCAGUUGGAGCUCAGGUGGGAUGGAAGAGAUUGAUUUGUAAUAGCCAUGCUAGUCCAAAGAGCACCUUCAUUGUGUGGCUAGCAGUGCAGAACAGACUUGCUACAAAAGACAGAUUGAUAAGAUGGCAGCUGAAUAUUGAUGGUAUUUGUGGUCUGUGUCAGGAGAUUUGGAAGCAGGUUCUGCUUUCUUUAGGUGUGAAUAGAACUGUGUUGCCUUGGCAUGAGGAAGUUCAGAUUGCAGUGAAGAAAAGCAGAAGCACACAGAAGCAAGCUUGCAAGUAUAGUAUAGCUUUCAUUGAGUCUGUUUAUUGUAUUUGGUUGCAAAGAAAUGCUAAGGUCUUUAGGGAUCAUGUUGAUCCAGUUAAGACUGUUGUUAGCAACAUAAUGUUUAAUGUUGAGUGUAGAUGUCAGUAG